AUGUCCGAGUCGACUUUCGACCCUCAGCGAUCCGCUGAGCUUCACAAUCAGAUCCUGCAAUAUGCAUGGACUGGUGCCGGUUAUAUUUCUCCGCUCCCAUCCACAACAUGGUGGGAAGAGUACUCCCCAGUCAACCUCGACUCACGCUUAACUCCUAAACUCGCUCAGUUCCUUCGUUCGGCUAGAUCCAUUCCAUCAAGGGGAUGGUCAGAUAAGGAUCCUGGUAUUCACUUUUUCUACUUUCUGAGUGGGCUACAAAACAGCGACCAUUUACUCCAGUUUCCCCUACUCGACGGCGAGGGUGACCGAUUUGUGUAUCUAUACCAGCCGACGGGCUGUUACACAUGUGACGAAGAAGUUGGCAUAGUAUUCGACCAAAAUACAGAACUAGCUGCCUAUAUCCCUCACUGGGAGUUUAGUGGAGAUGUUAUCGGCAAUCCAGGCUCAUGGAUGCCACUCCAGCAGAUACUCGGGGGUUAUAUAGAGAUGAUUGAAGAGGGGAAGGUGAAGACAUCCACGGAGAUAAAGCAGGCUUUUUCCCAAUUUUUCCCAUGGGAGUAUUGUCAAUAUACGCAGCGGGAUAUCGAUAAGUCAAUCGCUGCUUUCACUCGCCUCCUCGACGCAAUUGAAACUCGACUCCCGGUUCAAUCCUACGCAGUUGAAACUCGAACCCCCGAGUCGGUAUUUAAUGAAGCUUUUGUUCCCAACAACUCUUUCAUCAGGUCAUUUCUCUCCGCGCUUCCUCCGCGCCAGAUUCAUUUCCGCUACAUUGCUCCGGGAAUUUGGAUACAGUCUGCUGCUGAAUUGAAACACCAGUCCUAUGCAGCCUAUCGUGCUGGAGCUCAAAGUGGGCCGGACGACGAUGAAGAUGAUAGUGAUGACGAAGAAAUGCCAUUUCUCCUAUUCCGAGCAGAUGGAUCCAAUCUAUCACCCUGGGGCCGGCCUUUCGACAAUAUUGAUAUCCCUGCUGGUUUAUACACAGAAGAAAUCAACAAAAGCAGAGUACAGGACUUCGGAAAUAUGUCUAGGCCGCUUCUUCCCUUUGGCGUCGGGUCUAGAGGAUACGCCCGAGAUAGUUCUGGGAGGCAGAUUGGAUUAUAUGCCAGUCCGACACCUAUAGAUUAUCCUCAUGAACUUUAUCAAGUCUGUGGUUGGAAUGGGAUCCUAGAAACUCAUGGUGUUCAGCUGCACAAGGUGCUGUUGAACUGGGCGGAGAGGGUUGAAAUGGGAGAUUGGGAAUUGGAUGAGAAUGGGGUUGCUGGUGGGAUUGAGAAGUUCAAGGACGCUGAUACGCCUGGUAAUUGGGAGAAGUAUCAGAUCCCGCUGUCUUGGUGA